AUGAAGCACUCGAAUCACGUCUCGAAUGAAUUUAGCGAAGGUUUCAAUAUGCUUUUAGCACCAUUGAUAAAAUUUUCUACAGUCGUUCAUUCGAUUAUUCUUGAUGGUGAAAUGCUUGUUUAUGAUACAUAUCAAAGUCGUUAUUUCACCAAAGGAGAAACACCAGUGGACGUCAAAAAUAUAAAAGACAAAAGUUCAAAGUUUCGACCAUGUUUCUGUGCUUUUGAUAUUCUGCUUUACAAUGAUGAAAGUUACAUGAAUCGGCCUUACACUGAGAGAUGCCAACUUCUUCAACAACUGUUUAAAGAUCGUAUUGGUGUGAUGGUGAAAACAAAACCAAUUAGAAUUCGUGAUGUUGAUCAUAUGUUGGAUCUUUUCAAUGCUGCAGUUGAAAAACAAGAGGAAGGAAUUGUACUUAAAGAUGCACAAUCAAUUUAUAAGCCUGGCGAUAGACAAGGUGGUUGGUAUAAAGUGAAAGCUGAUUAUUUUGAUGGAGAUGUUGUGAAGGAAUUUGAUUGCGUUAUUAUUGGAGGAUUUUAUGAGAAUCUAAAUUCAAGAAAUUUCAUUCAUAAAUAUUUAGUUGGUGCUGUUGAGAAAAUUGACGAAGAUUGCAUGAAUGUUUUUGCUGUUGGUGAAGUGAGUCAAGGAGUGACAGCUCAAGAACGAAUAAAAAUCAACGAGUCUCAAACCACAUCUUGUUGA